AGCCAACCGCAUAAGAUCUUCUCUCGCCCGCAGUCCAGCUUCUCUACUCUUUCCAUCUCCAUCCUUUUCCCAUCCGCUGGUCUGUCCCCAAGUACCGGCCUUGGCUCGCCUUCGCUUUUCUUUGACCAUCCCCUCCCACCUCCAUUCCAUCCUCAUCUUCCUACGCCCACCCACUUGUCUCUUUUCUCUCUCGUGCAUCUCCACCCCUCAGCCUCGCCUUCACGCUACCCUCACGGCGCCUCUCUCCAUCAGGGUCCAACCUCUUGUCGUCUUUCGGCGCGUCCAGCACGACAACUCGCCCUUCCUCCUUCUCCAUUGUCAUUCCUCUGGUCCAAUUGACUUUGAGAUCGGAUCUUGAUCAUCCAUUUCUCCCCUCUCUGAUCAUCGUCAUUACUACAAUCAUCAUAAUAGGUUCUACACUCAAUUGUUUUGCACUUACUACUACUAAACCAGCAGCAUCCUGACACGUGCACCCACCGUUCACCUUUCAUCGCCAUGGGCCUCAACUACUACGCGUCUUCGCCCGUGCUUGUCAUGCCUCACCAGCAGUCCAAUCACUUCAUGCAUCACCCACAUGAUGACUCCGGUGCAUCAUACAACGCCAUGAUGGUCGAUCCGUCGCCAUCCAGACGCUUCGCACCAAAGCUACCAACGCCACCACCGUCACUCAACUACCUAGCUCAGGCGUCCCACACCACGUGUAGGAAGCGCUCGCGCGCUGACAUUGGUGAUGACAUCGAAGCCGAGCUCGAAACCUCUGCUGGCCCUGUGCAACCACCCAAACCAAAAGUAGAGCCGCGUUACGGCCCUGGAAUGACCUUGAUUUAUGACGAACCAUCGCUCAACAUCUCUCCCGAGUCCCAGAGUGGCACCUGGAUGGAGGAGAAGGCCGACAUCGAGACUGCUUCUGCUGCCGCUGCUCUGAUCGACCGACCUCGCCUCCCCGCGCGCAAGCUGUCUCGCCGCGUCUCUGUCGACGAGAAUCUCGAGAGCACGUCAACGUCCCUAGGCAUCGAUCCUAUCGUUCUCAAGCUCGGCAUCGGCUGGAAGAGAAUGUCGCAAGACCGAGCGGCGGCCGUUGCUGGUGACGAGGCCUUCAUUCGCAACCAGUACCCGUACGUGCAGUCUCCCAAGAUCCUACUCCACCACGAGGGACUCGCUAUCUACGUCGUGCGCUCGGACCCCAUCGAUCAUCGCGGCACCACCCAUCAGUGGUGGCUCUUUAACGAGGAUCUCAAGUCGUGCCGCCUACUCUGCAAUGCAAACGAGGACGACGUUCUCCGCCGCCUAGCGAACAAGCGACAGGAUGAGCGUGGCAACUGGGUUCCCGACAUUUUGGCCGACGGACAGGUCAUCUACGCGAAGGACGCCAUUAAGCCACUUACAACCCCUCAGUCCACGGGUCCGGUCGAGGUCAUGGAAGUCGAUGCAUAGAUUGAACGCAAGUUCCUUGGGGUCACAAAUCUUUUUCGUUUGGCGUUUUCGAUCAAAAUUGGGACGGGGAAAUGGUUUAAGUCACGGAUGGGCUCACCCACAGCGGGGUUUCGGGCUCGGUUUUCUCGCCCGAAUUGUAUUAUCAGCAGGACACGUUUAUUGUUUCUGUUCCUUUUGAUGUCGUCUCCGAAUCUGCAAGUAUCGUCGCAUGCAUGCAGCGGCUAGGGGAUUGCCGCCGGACGUAUUCUAGUGUUGUGACAAGAAAUAUCGUCGCACGUAUGUAGCUGCAGUAAAUCAAAAGAAGCAUGAUAAUGAUCAAC